GGUUUGGCUAAGUAAAAUUAAAAUAAUUCCGUAUUUUUCUCCGGACCGGUUUUGUCUUUUAUCGGAUGAAAAUAUACGUCAAUUUUGACGUCACUGCUGCAGCAGACGUGUUGGGUGUUUGGAAAAGUCCAAAGAGCCCGAAGCUGAUAAGACUGGCGAUUGAUCCUGAAGCUGAUUUGACAGACGAUUGCAUCAUCACAAUAUUGAAGAGACCAUUCUGUGCCACAAAGAAAUUGUUCAGGAAAAGGAGAAGUGGUGGAUAUUUAUUUUUGGUACGGUACAGUUCAAAGAGAUUUUCAAAAUGGUCAUGGAAGAUCAAAGGGAGGACAACUGAAAAAAAAACUGAAAGAUACAGAAGGAAAAAGAACAAGGAAUAAUUAUGAAAUGGGGAGGAUGUACACAAUCUUGUCUGAAUUUGACCUGUGAAGAUUUCCCAUAUUGUAUGCUGGAAUAAUCAAUAACUUGAUUUUUCAUAAAUUUACAAUAGAGAAUACAUGACAAAUGUUAUUGCUGAUAUUUCAAUGUUGCUUUGGACACUUUCAUGUCAUAUGGUAUUUUUAUACAUUAUCUAAUUAUGUUAUUCAUUUGUACAUGUACAGUAUACAUGUUUAACUACUAAAUCAUUUUGCUGAAAUCUUAUAAUUUGUACUCAUGUUAGAAUAUGUUUAAUACAUGUAUCGACAAAU